AUGUCGGAGCUGAAAGCGAGCUCGCCAAUCACUUACUUUCUGGAUGAUGGAGACUCUACAGGAACUAUCUCUAGCUUUAAGGAUCUUGUCAAACAACAUGUCGAUCUUUCUAACUCAACAAAUACACUGAUCGACUCUUUGCUGCCAAUAUGGGACGCUUCGCCAGAGCCUGGAUUCUCCUCAUAUAUUGCCAACUUCAUCACUGAUCAUUGCGCAUCUUCAUCUGGCUCGAAAUCAUAUCCGAUCUCAGCCCUUCUUCAUCAUCAAAAUCAAACAACAAAUUCCUGUCCUACUUUCUUGACUUGCACCGUUUCUGCUUAUUGGCAAAUUUCUGAACAUGAAAUGAUCGGAAGUGACGGUGGCCUCCAGCAAGUCCGGACAGCUCCGCUUGCAAAGUUGGGAUUUAAAAUGACUCAAGAUGCUCGCCAGAUCACUAUUGAUUGGGACGAUAUUCCGAGCUUCAAAUCCGCGAGAUUCUCCAACUUGACACUUUCUUCGGACGCCAGCCUUUCUCUCGCCGUUUCACUUGCCACGGUCAUUUCAGAGGUUUCUUGGCAAGCAGGGCAGUGGUCUUCCGAUCCAUCUUCCGAAACCGACCAACAGACCCAAUGGUAUAUCUCCAAAAUUGCCCACGGCUAUGGUUAUGGAACCUCGUCAACAUCUGUGCGCCUGUCGUUGAUCGUUAUCACGACUUACUGCAUAGCCACAGUAGCGUAUAUCACAUACAUGCUUGUCUCUGGUCAUACUUCAACGGCUUGGCAUUCGGCAACCGAGCUUGUAGUCCUGGCGUUACAGUCUAAACCUACGGAGCAUUUGGGACAUAUAUCUGUGGGCAUAAAUUCCAUGCAAACGCAUCGAGAAGCUGUUGGGAUACGAGUGAACGACAAUAAGAGGUUGGAGCUUGUCCUCUCGAGUGAUUCAAAUGUUAGGGCACGGAAGUUAAGGAGAGUCCUGCCCAACAUGGCAUACUGA